GCUAUUUAAGCGGCCGAGGCUGAGUCUCCCCCGACUUCCCUGCUUGGGCACACUCGGGACUCACUGCUCCCGACUCGAGAGGGACCCUGGAAAAGCGCAGCGGAAAGCAAUGUACAGCGGGCUAUGCAUCUGCGUGUUCCUCGCCGUGCUCUCGGUGAGCUCCCUCGGACGUUCCACUGGAAGAUUCUCAGUUAUGGGAAACAGGGUACAGAGCAUUGAUCCUACUCACAGGAUAAAUGACAGAGACUACAUGGGCUGGAUGGAUUUUGGACGCCGCAGUGCUGAAGAAUAUGAGUAUUCUUCCUGAAGAACACCAAACUAAUAGCAAUGAGGAAAAAAAAAUCACACUCCCAUGUCUGUACAAAAAAAGAUAAAUCAAUUUGUUGUCCUCUUCAAAUCAGUGUUUUAAAGUAUUUAAAAUCAUGUAUUUGACAUAAGUUUGUCUGUAAGACUAUACAAUGCAAUACAUAUAUAUGCAGAAUUUUCCAGAAACAUUUUCUUUCUUUUGUGUUUUCUCAUACAUUGAUACUAUAUUAAAAUGAUUUCACUUAUCUCUUCUUGUCCUGCCACUGCAUGUUUCUGGGUGUCUUACUAUAAAAGAAAGAUAUCAUAAUGCCUUUAUUUGGCACUGUAAAUAUAUUCCACGGGUUGAACUGUCAGAUUAUCUAUUUUUCAGAGAAAUCUCGUGUCUGUCCCAAUAGCUUUGAACUCUAGGGAACUUGUAAAAAUAUAAACACAGCAGCACAAUACUGCCAGAAAAGACCAGCUAUUUUCAUGGUGACCCUGUUUGCAAAGGACUGAGUUAUACACUGAGCUCACAUCUUUGCAGUGAACAGCCAACAGUGCUAAAACAGUGAAAAAGAGGGAUGACACCAACAUGCUUCAUCGUCCUGGCUUAUUUGUUUUAUGUUGUGAAUUCUGUGUGAAAGUUCUGCUGCAAAUCACAGAAUAAACAGAGCAUUCCCA